AUGCGGGGUUUCCGCAGGAUCCCAGACUCAGUCCCGUGUGCCUCCGGGGCGAAGCAACCCCAGGGCCGUCAUUAUUAUUCCCUCCUCUCCAACUCCUUCCUCCCCUCCGAGUCAAGUCACCAGAGUCACCCAACCAUGGAGGUUGCUCAAUCCUCGCCCAACACGCCCACCGAGGGCACUCAGAAGAAGCGUCGACGCACCGAAGCCCAGCUCGCCCGCAAGAGACAGGCCGACCGAAUCAAUCACAAGGCAAAGCGCGAGCAGCAGAAGCGGCAGAUGGAGAACCUGGAAACCCAGGUCACGAAUCUGCAGCAGGCGGUUCAGUCGCUGACCGAUCAAGUACGCGUCCUGAACGAGCGACUCAGGGAUCAGACGCGGUAUUUCUCUUGCUUUGACCUGGGGGAGACUCCGAGUCCUGUCGCUGCCGCGGACAACUCCUCCACCUCGUUCAGCUUGCCGCGGCCUGUCCAUAGCGCGCAGGAUGUCCUCCUAUUGCCGGCCGAUAAACUACCGAUGCUGGUCCCUGGACCGGCACUCGGUGAGCCCGAUAACAAUGUUCCCGUGGACUGUCGGUGCGGAGUCGACCACCGCUCCUAUUACGAGUGCCUCGAGUACUCGACUUUUUCCAUCCUCCUUCGCGCCCACCAAGGCCUCAACAAGAGUAUCUCGAAUAGCACACGUCUCCCUCGCACACCUUCCCUCGUACACGUUUUCCGACCUACCUCGACCGAUAAUCCCGUCAUCCAGAUCCUCGGCCUGGUGUUUAGCCAGGUUCGCCCUGCAAAUGUCCGCACCCUCUUCGCCUGCUACGUGGUGAUGUAUCGCUUCCUCCGAUGGCGCCUCUGUCCCGACGAAGAAACACAACGCGACGUCCCGGCGUGGCUCUACCCGACCGACAUCCAAAAGACAAUCCCUCACCCCGUUUGCAUCGACUUCCUCCCCUGGCCCGGGCUCCGCGACCGCCUGAUCCAUCGCUCCUCCCAGAUCCAGGACCCGCGACAUUCAGUCAUCAUGUAUAUGCGCUCGAUCCACUUCCGAUGGCCCGAAGACCAAGAUUUCAUCUACACCUGUGAGAACGGCGAGUUGAUGCCGACACAAAACUUCGAGACGGGACUAUACACGUACGAGAACUGGCAAGUGUCGCGCGAGUGGGCGGCAACUUUCCCGAAGUUGAAGAAAUAUGUUAAUGUCGGCGAGGAUGUUUAA